AGGGCGGCUGGGGAGGCCCAGGCGGCGGAGCCUCCGGGACUGCGAACGGCGGGCGGCGGAGGAGGAGACGGCGGGUCGGGCAUUUUUAAAAUAUUUAAUCAUUCAUGAGUUGAUCCUCAUUCUUGAGUCAUGGAUGACAAGGCUUCUGUUGGAAAAAUCAGUGUCUCCUCAGACUCAGUAUCCACUCUUAAUAGUGAAGAUUUUGUCUUGGUUUCCAGGCAAGGAGAUGAGACACCAUCUACAAAUAAUGGAAGUGACGACGAGAAAACAGGACUCAAGAAUGCCAUGCAAAUGGAAUUCAUAAUUAUAGGGAAUGGAAGUGAGCAGCAGCUGCAAAAAGAGCUGGCAGAUGUGCUGAUGGAUCCUCCAGUGGAUGAGCAGCCAGGGGACAAGGAGCUUGUGGACAGGUCGCAACUGGAUGGCGAAGGAGAUGGGCCCCUUCCUGAUCCUCUAUCAGCGUCGUCCACCGUUAACCCAGUGCCGUUAGCAGGGCUCCAGAAGCCAGAGAUGAGUCUGCCAGUGAAACCUGGACAAGGAGAUUCCGAAGGAUCAAGUCCUUUCACACCGGUGGCCGAUGAGGACAGUGUAGUUUUCAGCAAACUAACUUAUUUAGGCUGUGCCUCAGUAAAUGCUCCUAGGAGUGAAGUGGAAGCCUUAAGGAUGAUGUCCAUCUUAAGAGGCCAGUGCCAGAUUUCACUUGAUGUCACCCUGUCAGUGCCGAAUGUAUCCGAAGGAACUGUCAGACUCUUAGAUCCUCAGACAAACACUGAAAUAGCAAACUACCCUAUCUACAAAAUCCUUUUCUGUGUCAGAGGGCAUGACGGAACUCCUGAGAGUGACUGUUUUGCUUUCACGGAAAGUCAUUACAAUGCAGAGCUUUUCAGGAUACACGUCUUCCGGUGUGAAAUACAAGAAGCUGUAAGCCGGAUACUUUACAGUUUUGCCACUGCCUUCCGCCGUUCUGCCAAGCAGACCCCACUUUCAGCCACUGCUGCACCCCAGACUCCUGACAGUGACAUCUUUACCUUCUCUGUGUCUUUAGAAAUAAAAGAAGAUGACGGUAAAGGUUAUUUUAGUGCAGUUCCUAAAGAUAAGGACAGACAAUGUUUUAAAUUACGCCAAGGCAUCGAUAAGAAGAUUGUCAUCAACGUGCAACAAACAACUAAUAAAGAACUUGCCAUUGAAAGGUGUUUUGGUCUUCUCCUUAGCCCAGGAAAAGAUGUACGAAACAGUGACAUGCACUUACUAGAUUUGGAAUCUAUGGGCAAAAGUUCAGAUGGGAAGUCUUAUGUUAUCACUGGGAGCUGGAAUCCCAAAUCCCCACAUUUUCAAGUUGUAAAUGAAGAAACUCCAAAAGAUAAAGUGCUGUUUAUGACUACAGCUGUUGAUUUGGUAAUAACAGAAGUACAGGAGCCUGUUCGAUUUCUCCUAGAAACAAAAGUCCGAGUUUGCUCACCUAAUGAAAGAUUAUUCUGGCCAUUCAGCAAACGUAGUACUACUGAAAACUUCUUUUUGAAACUAAAACAGAUAAAGCAGAAGGAGAGAAAGAACAAUACUGACACUCUCUACGAAGUUGUAUGCUUGGAAAGUGAAUCAGAAAGAGAGAGGAGGAAAACUACAGCCAGUCCCUCAAUCCGCCUGCCACAGUCUGGAUCUCAGAGUUCGAUGAUACCUUCGCCUCCAGAAGAUGACGAAGAGGAAGAUAACGAUGAACCUCUUUUGAGUGGAUCUGGUGAUGUAUCCAAAGAAUGUGCAGAAAAAAUUCUUGAAACAUGGGGAGAACUGCUGUCAAAAUGGCAUCUCAACUUGAGUGUGAGACCAAAGCAGUUGUCGUCCUUAGUAAGAAGCGGUGUUCCCGAAGCUCUUCGGGGAGAAGUCUGGCAGCUGCUGGCAGGUUGUCACAACAAUGACCACCUGGUAGAAAAAUACCGAAUCCUCAUCACAAAGGAGUCUCCCCAGGACAGUGCUAUCACCCGGGAUAUUAACAGGACAUUCCCAGCCCAUGACUACUUUAAGGAUACUGGAGGAGAUGGACAAGACUCCUUAUACAAAAUAUGCAAGGCUUAUUCUGUGUAUGAUGAAGAGAUUGGCUAUUGCCAGGGCCAGUCGUUUCUCGCUGCUGUUCUGCUUCUCCAUAUGCCUGAAGAGCAGGCAUUCAGUGUUCUGGUCAAGAUCAUGUUUGACUAUGGUCUCAGGGAACUUUUCAAGCAAAACUUUGAAGAUUUGCAUUGCAAAUUUUACCAGUUGGAGCGCCUCAUGCAGGAAUACGUUCCUGACCUGUACAGCCACUUCCUGGACAUCAGCCUUGAGGCACACAUGUACGCGUCCCAGUGGUUUCUUACGCUUUUCACCGCCAAAUUCCCUCUCUACAUGGUCUUCCACAUCAUCGACCUGCUCUUAUGUGAGGGAAUAAGUGUAAUUUUUAAUGUCGCCCUUGGAUUAUUAAAGACUUCCAAGGAUGACUUGCUGUUGACAGACUUUGAAGGUGCCUUGAAGUUCUUCAGGGUUCAGCUUCCUAAGAGAUACCGCUCAGAAGAAAAUGCAAAAAAGCUAAUGGAGUUAGCUUGCAACAUGAAGAUUAGUCAGAAGAAGUUGAAAAAAUAUGAAAAAGAAUACCAUACCAUGAGGGAACAGCAGGCCCAACAGGAAGACCCCAUCGAACGAUUUGAGAGGGAGAAUAGGCGUCUACAAGAAGCUAACAUGAGAUUGGAACAGGAAAAUGAUGACUUAGCGCAUGAGCUGGUGACCAGCAAGAUCGCACUGCGGAAGGACCUGGAUAACGCUGAGGAAAAGGCAGAUGCACUGAAUAAGGAGCUGCUUAUGACCAAACAGAAGUUGAUCGAUGCAGAAGAGGAGAAAAGGCGGCUGGAAGAAGAGUCAGCUCAGCUAAAGGAAAUGUGUCGGCGGGAACUUGACAAGGCAGAAUCUGAGAUUAAAAAAAACAGUUCCAUCAUCGGUGACUACAAGCAGAUUUGUUCUCAGUUGAGUGAAAGAUUGGAGAAGCAGCAGACAGCUAAUAAAGUGGAAAUUGAGAAAAUUCGGCAAAAAGUGGAUGACUGUGAGCGCUGCCGGGAAUUUUUCAGCAAAGAAGGACGUGUGAAGGGCAUCAGCUCAGCUAAGGACGUUUUAGACGAGGACACAGAUGAAGAGAAGGAGACGCUCAAGAACCAGCUGAGAGAGAUGGAACUCGAACUGGCACAGACCAAGCUGCAGUUGGUGGAAGCUGAGUGUAAGAUACAGGACUUGGAGCACCAUUUGGGCCUUGCCCUAAACGAGGUGCAGGCAGCCAAGAAGACAUGGUUUAACCGCACGCUGAGCUCCAUAAAGACGGCAACCGGGGUGCAAGGGAAAGAGACUUGCUGAGAGAGCAGCCGCUGCCUGCAGACACCUUCAGAAAACACAACACCUUUUGUUGCCUUCUUUGGCCAGAUGUGUGAUUCUGUGACAUGUCCCAGGACCAGAAUGUACCUAAGUCAGAUUCAUAGAAGCAUAUUGGUAGGUCAUUGGACCAGAGCCCAUGAAGCAGGCGGCCUCUGGGGGAAGGCUCUAACUACUGACACUAACAGGCUCGCUAGCCCAACAGCUGCUCUGGACACACUCGACAAAAUCACUCCUGGGGUGCCCUCCAGGCCUCUCCCAUGUGGGUCAGCACCUCACCCAGAGUGGCGGGAUCCUUCCAGGCUGUUGGUUUUUUUCUAAACCUUUAAUCUUUUUUUAAAUAUACAUAUUAUAUAUAUAUAUAUAUAUACACACACACACACACACA